UGUAUUCAGUCGGUUGGAGAGAGAACACCGAGAAGGAAGGAGCUCCAGUUUGUAUCACCUAAUACACAUUCCUGCAUGCACCCACAUUCAGGCACUUAUUUCUGCAGAGACUUCCUCUUUCUCCUCGGUGCGAUAUAUCUAUUUGUAAAUGUGUGUGUGCGCCUUGCGCUGAUUGCACAUGCUUAUGUUUUCUUGCUUACUCGCCUCCUAUCUCUCUCCACACUAGCCCACAGUACACGGGCAUGCACGACUUUUUUUCUUUGCGACCCAUUGGUCGCCAAGGUCGUACCGAUUACAGACAAGACUGCAACUGCCAGACUGGAGCGGGCACGCGAGCAAGCCAAGCCUCCAUGGAAGGACAGGGGCCUGAGAAAACAUGUUAUAGUCUACAUGCCAUACACAUCAUCCCUUCAUUAUUCAUCCAGGGACAACCGGACAACCGCUGCAGUGCCUGUCCUCCUCCCAUCCCUCACCCAGUUUGCGGGUUGUUUCUAGACUGCCCGAAUUUUCAUUCGCUGGAAGGGUUCGCCUACUUUCUGGAUCCACAGUCGACAAUUGGGCGUUCACUCUGAAGGAGAAACGAUUUACCAGGUCCUACCAAUACGGUUGCCUUGUCAGGCGCCAGAGGGGAGGAGGAAGGAUCAAAUAUGGAAACUACUAGAGUAGACUAGAGCGCCAUGGAUGGUCCACCAACAUCAAAUUGGCCUUUCUAUCCUCUGCUGGACAUAAGAGACAAAAGACAUGUCUAGGCCAUACCUAGGCCCCUACAUGUACUUUUAAUCCAUCGAACCCACGUUUCACACUAUUGGGGCCGUUAUUUUCUGAGCCAUAGGUGUACCGCACCUCGACUGCUGAGAGCAUCAGUGCGCUCGAGACAAGGUUCAUUCGCACUGUUGGGGGUUGGGGGCACGCGGGUGAGCAAGUGGCUCAUAUAUGAACAAAAAAAAAAGUUACCGACAGUCAGACGGUACUUUGGAAGGAAACUAACUCCACGCAGACGGACCCCUUACCUACACGCUCUAGAUCUUGUUGUCGUCCCUCGUCAGUCUUUUCAACAGCAUAAUCUUCCUCUGUCUUUCCUUCUCUAUCUCUCUCUUUUUUCUUAUUUUAAUUGCCAGGUGCAUACAACACUUUUGUCUGUCAGUUGAGGAGGAUCUUGACGGGAUUUCCAGGUGUGACACCCCAUGGUUAUUGCAAUGGAACCAUUGUCUACCUUUUUAUGUUGGCCGUUUACAGUUAGCGCAGCAGCGCUCUUACAAAAGCUCUUUUCGAAGAAAAGCUCUUUACGAAGCGCAAGCGGUCCAAGCCCCAAUGCUUUUUUCUUUUUUCAUGUGUAAAUCGCCGAGUUCCUUUUUCGCAAUGUGUCCCUAUACCUCACGAAAAAUAAAAAUAAAAUGAUGUCGCACGUUCUUCACAAAAAAGUUAGCCCUGUCCC